AGUUUUUUUUUCCAAGAAAAAAUGUCUCAGUUUCUCGGUCGCCAGGACUGUAUAGAAAGUCUCCAAAAAGAUAUCGCCGACCUUCAAUGUGCAAUUGUGGACGCUUUUUCCACAACGGGCCCGGUGCAUGUUUUCUCGUGGAAAUUCCCGGACAAACUCUCUUAUAAUCUGGAUUUGGAUAUGGAGCAAUACAGUUUUCUGGACGGCGAGGAUGAAUUUAACCAGCACGUCCAUAUUGUUUUACUGGAGUUAGUGAUAGACAGGCUACUUCUUCUUGUACAAGCAUCAAAUGCUUAUGUUGAAGAACGGAGCAAUAACAACAGGAAUCAACAAACCGAUCAGAAAGGCUGCACGUCAAUAGGACUCGUUGUUAAAAAAUAUUGGCGCAAUUUACUUCAAUUUUCCAACAUGAAGAAGGAAAACAAGUUACAAACAGAGAUGUCCAAUUGUGCCGAGUGUGUACCUUCAAUGCGUGCACAUGACAUUUCUGCUUCAACAAACGCCAGCUUUUUACCAGAUGAGGAUGGACCGACCCCUCAGUGCCACUCGCAGCCCUCUAGUGCCACUCCCAACCUCCCAUGCAAUCCUAAAGUUGGCACGCACAAUGUAUACUCUCAAACCGAUAGCCUCCCAUGCAAUCCUAAAGUUGGCACGCACAAUGUAUCCUCUCAAACCGACGACACACCCGCUGCUCCCUGCAGUGUAUGUCAUCAAACACAAUCUACUAUUAGAAAGACGGGCAAUGUCCUGGUCGAACUACUUCAGCGUGAGGGAUUGCCCUCUUCUUUACACCCACUCUUAGAUGCUGUGCAGGACAGUGUCAUGGGAGAAAUGAGAGCCGGUGAUGCUGCACAGUGGGCCAGUGAGCAGCUCAGUGAUAUGCGCCGACUGUCAAAACAUGUACAAGAUGUGAGAAAUACAGUCGAGCCUCUUAAAAAGAAACUAACAGCAGCAGAAGCAGAUCGAGAUAAGUUAAGGGGCGACAUGGAAGGUGCCCAGAAAGAACUAAAGGAAAAAGUGGAAAAGCAGAACUCCAUUAUUCUUCAGUUGGAGGGAGCAUCACAGAAAGCACAGACAGCCAGGAAAGAAACUGAACAAAGACUAUCAGAUGAGUAUGAACAACUCAAGAGAGAACAUGCAUCCCUAAAGAGGAGUUAUUCCGAUCUGACAGGAAAAGUAGCAAUAGCGCAAGAUAGACUGCAAGAUCUUGAGUAUCAAAGGAAUGAGCUGCAGGAGAAACUGAAAACCCUGCACAUAAAGGAGAAAGCUUGCGCUAAUCUACAAGAGAGGAUUCAGCAGUUUGAAAGUCAGCUCUGCGAGGCGCAUCUCCUUCUCGAAAAAGAGAAGGCCAAAUACGACAGUGCAUGUCAUCACCAGGAGUCAAUGGAAACAAAACAAAAGUCUUUGCUACAGAGAGUAGAGGCUCUCGAUGAAGAGUGUGAGGAACUGCAGAAACAGUUGGGAGAGAGGGAGGAAAGAGAGCUGAACCUCCACAAUCAGCUACAACAGAUGUCCGAGGAUAAUGAACAACUGCGAACACAGUUCACUUCACAACGGGACACUUGUUCACAGCUACAGAGUGAGAAGCAGACACUACAAACUCAAAUAGAAUAUUUCCAGGGCAGUGUGGCUGAGCUCAAGCAAAGUGUAAAAUCAUUGAAAGAGACGGAAAGGUUGCUGGUGGCUUUCCCAGAACUCAGCCCCCUGGCUCAUGCCCAACCAAAGAGUACGGGAAAUGUGCUUUUGGAUAUGGAGCAACAGUUGCAGGCAAACUCCAUUCGCAUUGGCGUGCUGGAGAAGGAGAAUGCUGCCCUUCAAGGCAGUCUUGUAAAGUUGAAGGAGGCAGCCCAGCAGAAUGCUGCCAAGAGCACAACCAAUGAACAGGAAAGCUCACCUCUGCAAAUAUGCAGCUUCUCUCCAGUCACCCCACCAGUCGAACAACUGGCUGACCAAACACAGAUGCAAAUGAGUCCAUUUAGCAGGCAGAACUGUAAGGCACCAUGGUUGGGAAACAGUGACAGAGUAAUCCCAGUAGAACGUGAUUGGGCGUCAGCUAGUGCAGCAGAUCGCAUGCCACCCACUUGUGUGACCCCCUCAUCAUCCACCACCAUUUCUCUUCAAACCCUUCACUUCAACAUCAGUUCCACUGCUGCUAAAAUUCAGACACGUAACACACGCAAAACCUCUUACUUACCUCAAACCAGGAGCUUAAAGCAGAGGAAAAAAGUGAAUCAUUGACUUUGGUUUGUAUCAAGAUGUCCAGUAAUUUUGGAACAGUUUGCAAAUAUUUGUCUGUAAGGGUAUGUUUUGGUACAGUGUGGCUGUUGCUGAGUAUUUGCUGCAGAGAGGGAACACCACUAUGUGUGGAGCUUCUGAGACACACACACGCGCGCACACACACACACACACACACACACACACA